UACAAAAUCCGAAUACUUUUUGAGCAGAAGGUGUACUUUAACCAAUAAUAUUCCUCGCAGCUACGUGUCUCCACAAAUUCGUUUUAUGUGAUGUUGUAUGUGUACUUCUCAUUAAGUUUAAAUCCAUAAAGCUACAAGAGUUCGUAGAGUUUGCAUUCUCAAAACAACUCGUAUUUUUCUAAUACUUUCUAAGAGUUUUUAAAGCGGUAUAAAUUUAUUUAAAUUUUUUUAUUCAAACACAAUGGAUUCUGAUAGUGAUGUAUAUGCAGAUGACUUGUCGCAGAUUUCAAGUGACGCGGAAUUUCCUGAUUCAGACAGUGAAAGUGACGAGGAAUUAUUUCGCCCUACAAGAAAUCGAGUUUUGCCAAUACCAUCAUCUAGCGACUCCGAAGACAGUGAUGACGAAGUGCUUGAUUGGUCAACAACUGAUAAGGUACCAAUUAUUGAACAAUUUCUAGGACAAAGUGGAGUUUUUGUAAUGCCACAUAAUUCAGAAAGUGUAAUAGAUGUGGUUAAGCUAUUUAUUGCAGAUGACUUUUUUGAAUAUAUGGCAACGGAAACCAAUCGGUAUCGCGCACAAAACCCAGAUGCAUUCCGAGACAGAGCAAAAUCUGUGAAGUGGAAGGAUGUGAAUGUGGUAGAUUUAAAACAAAUGCUUGGACUUCUUCUCCUAAUGGGACGAGUUCGUAAAGAUACAAGAGACGAAUAUUGGUCAACAGAUAAAACUAUCCAAACUCCAAUUUUCGCAGAAAUAAUGAGCAGGGAUAGAUUUAGACUGAUAUGGUAUGCGUGGCAUUUUUCUAAUAAUGAUGAUAGAGAUGGCAGGGAUCGUCUGAAAAAAAUUCGACCGAUUCUAUCUUACUUCACAAAUAAAUUUCAGGAGGUUUAUAAGCCAGAGAGAGAGUUAUCACUGGAUGAGAGCAUCAUGCCAUGGAGGGGCCGUUUGUCAUUUAAAGUUUAUAAUGCAUCAAAAAUUAUAAAAUAUGGUUUACUUAUAAGAAUGGUGUGUGAAGCUAAAACGGGAUACAUUUGUAAUUUUCGUAUGUAUUGUGGUGUAGGAAGUCGUUUGCAAGACACAAUUUUAAAUCUGCUUAAACCUUAUUGCAACUUAUGGCAUCACAUAUACAUGGACAAUUAUUACAAUAGUGUUGCCACUUGUGAAAUACUUUUACAGAAUAGUUUUCGGACUUGCGGCACUAUUCGGGUAAACAGAGGCCUUCCUAGUUGUUUGAAAAAUCCUAAACUAGCGAGGGAGGAAUCUAUAUUUCGUCGCCGCUAAAAUAUUUUAUUACAAUGUUGGCAAUCAAAAAGAAUAGUCAGAAUGAUUUCAACUAUACAUUCAGCUGACAUUGCGGAAAGUAAUAAUAUUGGCUGGGCAACAAAACAAAGAAUUUUGAAGCCAAUGUGCGUAAUUGAUUAUAAUAAAUACAUGAAGUGUGUUGAUCGCGCUGACCAAUACUUAUCGUAUUACUCGAUUGUACGUCGUACCAAAAAAUGGACGAAACGAGCUGUUAUGUUUUUUAUCAAUUGUGCGUUAUUUAAUGCGUUUAGAGUUUUUAAAAUAUUAAAUCCACAUUCAAAAAAAAAGUAUAAGGUGUUUUUACAUGAUGUGGCAAAGGAAUGGAUUAGUGAAGCUCUUCCUGGCAAUACAGAUAAUUCUUUACCACGUACAUCAACUACGUCCAGCAAAAGUGAUCCUCCAGGGAGGUUAUCAAAAGAUCCCAAAAGGCAUAAAUUGGUUAAAAUUACCACUGGUGGAACAAAAUUGAAACCUCAAAGGCAGUGUCGCGCAUGUGCCGCACAAAAAAAAAAGUUUAACGUGUUAUAUGUGUAAAUUUUGCAAAGUUUCGCUGCAUCGGGGGGUUUGUUUCUUCAAAUAUCAUACUCAAGAAAAAUAUUAGCCUUGACUACACCAAAUUUUAUAAAUUAGUAUAUUGUCCUGUAUAUAUAUAUAUAUCCUAUAAAAUAAAUCUAUCUCAGGAUUUAAAUAAACUGUAUAUUUGGUUGCAUACUUUUUUUUACAUAUGUACCUAUAUAUUAUCGGACUAUUUUAUUUUCCGCCCGUUGAAUUGGGAAAAACGACCUAUAAUUCUAAUGGCUUCAUAUUUUUAAAAUGUUUAUUGUAUUGUUUUUUUGUAUAAUUUUGUUCAUAAGAAAUUU